AAAAAGAAAACUCAAACAGGAAAUACCAGUUCACAAAAAGCUAGCCACUGUGUUAUGAUAAUCUCACAACAUAGCCAUUUAGCCCCAAGACAAGCGUAGAUCCUUCCUAAGCAUGUCCAUUACUGCCUGCCAGGAUGUAUCCCAGAGACUUCUCAGCAUCACCCACCUACAUACUCGGAUGAGGCUCUGUGUAGUGUAACCAGGGUUUCUGGAUCACAAAGAGUUGUGAAUAUUUUGGAUCGAAGCCCAAACACAGGAAGUGCAGCCUGGAGUGCUGAAGGGGGAGGGGUUUCCAACCAACAGCAUAUGGCAGGGAUCCACAGGAUGUCCGACUUCACUGAACUCCACCAAGCAGCAGCUCUCGGGGAUUAUGAUUUGGUCUCAGAGAUCUUGAAGAGAGGUCUCCACGAUCCAAAUCACAAAGAUAUCGACUGGAGCGACAGGACCGCGCUGCACUGGGCCGCAGCCAAAGGGCAGUCGGACACAGUGAAGCUGUUAGUGGAUUAUGGGGCUCGGCCCUGCCUGAGAACAGACAUUGGUUGGACGCCGGCUCAUUUUGCUGCGGAGUCAGGAAAGCUUAGCGUCCUCCGCACCCUCCACUCCUUGCACGCACCUAUCGACGCCACUGACAUCUACGGAGACUCACCCAGAAGAAUCGCAGAGAUUUACGGCCAUAAAGACUGCGUCAAGUUUCUGGAGAUGGCUGAAGUAGAAUGCAGAGAUCACCGUCUGGCCGCAGCUCUGGAGGGGAACCCUUUGGAUGAGACGGAUGAAGAUUGGGAGGCCAAGAAGUCAGAGCUUCCGAAAUCUAAACUCAACGUUAAGAAUAACAAUUCAAGGACUUAAUAAAUAAUAAUUUCAUACACAAAGGAGAAAGUUGUCACAUUCAAAUGGAAGAGAAGGGUAGAAGUUUGAAAAAAGUCCAUGGCGAUACGUGUUAUCUGUCAUUCUCCACCAGGGGGAGCUAUCAUUACCUAGUCCGAGACCGUGUGUCACUUCUGAAUGUAAACAAUUAGCUGUAGAUAUAUAGUAGAUUAGUCCUUAUGUAAGAAUAGUGUAUAUGUGAAGGAAUGUCCUUGUAGUCUUUAGCAGCCAGAGAUUUUUUUCUAUAAAUAAAGCCUUAUAUACAAUCCAUACAUUGUGAUACCAGCAAGUAAAAUCCCGUCCUGGACCCUG